UUAGCGGGCUUUCAUACUCCUUGUUUUCCUCAGCACUUCCAAGCGGGAACUAACAGCUCCAACAACCAUGAACGCCCUUAUCGUUCUCCUCGGUCUCGUCUCUGCCGCCUCGGCUGGCUUCCUCGGCGGCUACGGAGGCUACGGCCACGGAGGCUACGGAGGCUACGGACACGGCCUGGCCGUCGCCGCCCCUGUCGCCGUCAAGGGUUCCUCCUACUCCUACGGCAACAGCGCCGGCGGUGCUGCCAUCCUUGUUGGCGGACAUGGUUACGGCUAUGGCGGCUACGGCGGCUACGGUGGAUACGGACACGGCGGCUACGGCGGAUACGCUGUCGCUGCUCCCGUCGCCGUCGCUGCCCCCGUCGCCGUGGCCAAGCCCGUGGCCGUCGCUGCCCCAGUCGCGGUCGCUGCCGCUCCCGUUGUGGCCGUCGGCGGAUACGGUCUCGGUCACGGAUACGGUUUCGGCCACGGAUACGGCUAUGGCGGCUACGGAUACAAGGGCUGAACAACGAGGUCGUGUGAAUUGUCUGGAUGCCCUCACCUCAUCGGACGUGUCAGCGCGCUGGACAACGCUAGUUGACGCGGCCAUAGAAAAUUUUUAAAUUAUACGUACUCACACCUAGGAAGAUUGCUUCAAGCUCUUGUUCGUCGUUGCAAAAAAAAAAAAAAA